ACUAGCUAUUCACCUUGUAUCAACCAUAUUUUGCCAAUGGCUCAUUCUCAGCAGCAAUCUCGUGUGCCAAAGUUUGGCAAUUGGGACGACACUGACAACCUUCCAUACACAGCAUAUUUUGAGAAUGCACGCAGAGAAAAAGCAGCUGGGUUCAUGGUGAACCCUAAUGAUCCAAUGGAAAAUCCAGAGGCUUUUGAUCACAUGUUCAUGAGUGUAGGCGAAAAUGUUGCUCAUGCAGAUCAUCAAGUGAAGGCUUCUUCUCAUCAUAACUACUCACACAGGCAAAGUUCUGUAGAAAGAGGUCAUGAUUUUGCAGAUCACAAGAGGAACAUGUCCAAAGGAGUUAAGAGCAGGCACAAGAGCAGUGGAAGAAGAUCUUCCUCUAAUGACCAUGCGAAUUAUCAAGCAAUACCCAAAUUUGGUUCUUGGGAUGUCAAAGACCCCAAAUCAGGAGAGGGUUAUACUACUAUAUUCAGCAAAAAGAAAAUGCAAAGGCAAAUAAAAUCUAGCCACAUCUCCAGCAUAAGUGCUCCACAGAUUAACAACUAUUCAAAUAUUAAGAAUCAGCAUGCUGGACCUUCCUUCAGGUUAUCUAAGUACUGUUGCUGUUUGUCUACAAAGGAAAGCUAAUUAAUGAACGCGGACUUGCUUUACUUUGGCCAACAAGAUACUUAAAUUUUUAGAAACUAAAUAGAUCACAUGUAUGAAUAUGAAUAUGAAUAUGAAUAUGAAUGCAAGUA